AUGGAAGUGGCCAACAAUGUCACUGAGUUCAUAUUCCUGGGACUUUCCCAAGAUCCUGGAGUGCAAUUAAUGUUCUUUACCUUAUUCUUCCUCUUCUACGCCAUCAUCGUAGUGGGAAAUUCACUCAUUUUGCUUACAGUAUUGUCUGAUUGCCAGCUCCACACACCCAUGUAUUUCUUUCUAAGUAACUUGUCCUUUGUGGACACUGCCUAUUCCUCAGCCACAGCACCCAAGAUGAUUGCAGACUUUGUUUCUGAGAAAAAGACUAUUUCCUACUGGGGAUGUAUAAUCCAGAUGUUUACCUUCCACUUUUUUGGUUGUGCUGAGAUUUUUGUUUUGACUGUAAUGGCCUUUGACCGUUAUGCCGCCAUCUGCCACCCACUCCGUUAUACUACCAUCAUGAGUGCCAAUGCUUGCACCGUGUUGGCAUCACUGUCCUGGCUGGGGGCCCUGGGUCAUAGCUUUGUCCAGACCCUCCUGACCUUUCAACUGCCCUUCUGCAAUGCUAAGGUUAUAGAUCACUACUUUUGUGAUGUCCACCCAGUCCUAAAACUUGCUUGUGCUGAUACCACCCUGGUAAAUAUGUUGGUGGUUGCCAACAGUGGUCUCACCUCCCUGGGGUGUUUCCUCAUUCUUCUGGCAUCCUACACAGUCAUUCUAUUUAGUCUUCGGAAACACUCUGCUGAGAGCCGGAGCAAAGCUCUUGCUACCUGUGGAUCUCAUCUGACUGUGGUAGCUUUCUUCUUUGUCCCUUGCAUCUUUAUUUAUCUCCGCCCAUCCACUACUUUCCCACUGGAUAAGGCUGUGUCUGUGUUUUAUACCGCCAUAACCCCUAUGCUAAACCCACUCAUCUAUACUCUGAGGAAUGAGGAUGUAAAAAAUGCCAUGAAGCGACUAUGGAAUCGCAAGUUCUCCUCCAAGGAAAAGCAGAGGAGAUAG